CUAUUUCAGGAGUCAGGAAUUGCAUCUGAGUCCAUUGUCACCUGUCGAAGAAGAGCUAACACAGCUUUCUUGUUGGCUACUUGGAGGUUGCUUCUCCUUUACUUGGAAGACUUUGCUAGUGAUGGACCCAUACGUGAUCCAGAUGAACAGCAAUGGCAACUUCCCCUCUGUGCUGGAUGUUCAUGUCAACAUCGGUGGGAAAAACUCCAAGCAGGGGAAAGUGAAAGGCAGGAAGGCCAGAUGGUCCGUGAAGCCCUCGGAAAUGUCCAACAAAACUUUCAAUCCCAUCCGGACCAUCGUAGAUGGCAUGAAGGUGAAGCCAAACCCAAACAAAACCAUGAUUUCUCUGUCAAUCGGGGACCCUACUGUGUUUGGAAAUCUGCCUACAGACCCGGAAGUUACCCAAGCAAUGAAAGAUGCCCUGGACUCCGGGAAGUAUAAUGGCUAUGCUCCCUCCAUUGGUUACCUAUCCAGUCGGGAAGAGGUUGCUUCUUAUUACCACUGUCCCGAGGCACCCCUGGAAGCUAAGGAUGUCAUUCUGACAAGUGGCUGCAGUCAGGCUAUUGAACUUUGCUUAGCUGUGUUGGCCAACCCAGGGCAAAACAUCCUGGUUCCGAGACCUGGUUUUUCUCUGUAUAGGACUUUGGCUGAAUCUAUGGGGAUUGAGGUCAAACUCUACAAUUUAUUGCCAGAGAAGUCUUGGAAAAUUGACCUGAAACAAUUGGAAGCUCUGAUUGAUGAAAAGACAGCUUGUCUCAUUGUCAACAAUCCAUCAAACCCCUGUGGGUCAGUGUUCAGUAAAAGUCAUCUCCAGAAGAUUUUGGCCGUGGCUGCAAGGCAGUGCGUCCCCAUCUUAGCUGAUGAGAUCUAUGGAGACAUGGUGUUUUCAGAUUCCAAAUUUGAGCCUCUGGCCAACCUCAGCACCAACGUCCCCAUCCUGUCCUGUGGAGGGCUGGCCAAGCGCUGGCUGGUGCCUGGCUGGAGACUGGGCUGGAUCCUCAUCCAUGACCGAAGAAACAUUUUUGGCAAUGAGAUCCGAGAUGGACUGGUGAAGCUGAGUCAGCGGAUCCUGGGACCUUGCACCCUUGUCCAGGGAGCUCUGAAAAACAUCCUGCGUCGCACCCCUCAAGAAUUCUACCACAACACUCUAAGCUUCCUCAAGUCCAAUGCUGAUCUGUGCUAUGGGGCGUUGUCUGCCAUCCCUGGACUCCGGCCAGUCCGUCCUUCUGGGGCCAUGUACCUCAUGGUUGAAAUUGAGAUGGAACAUUUCCCAGAAUUUGAGAAUGAUGUGGAGUUCACGGAGCGGUUAGUUGCUGAGCAAUCUGUCCACUGCCUCCCGGCAACAUGCUUCGAGUACCCGAAUUUCUUCCGAGUGGUAAUCACAGUCCCCGAAGUGAUGAUGCUGGAGGCCUGUGGCCGGAUCCAGGAGUUCUGUGAGCAGCACUACCAUUGUGCUGAGGGGAGCCAGGAGGAGUGUGACAAAUAGGCCCGAGUCCAUGUUCCAGGGAUGGCUGGACUGGGCCCUGCUGCUCAGGGCUUCAGGUGCCUCUACUGGGAAAGAAGCCUCAAAAACACAUUGAGGGUUCAGAAUUGUCUCUGCUUUCCCCCAGCUAUGUUCAUAUAUACACUCUGAAUCCUAGAUGCUCCUCUCACUCUGCUCUGUGGGAGUGACUUACUAAUUCAUUAAUUUGUACCCCUCCCAGAUGACUUCCUCCUUUCUUCCUAACAGUACCAGAUGAACCAAGUUUACCAGAAAAAGAGACAAGGAAAUUAGAGCUUAGGAUGAGUGAAACAAAAGAUUGAGAGAACUUGUGCCCACAACCAUUUCCUCAUACUAUAAGAACACACACUCUCUAGUUAGAUCUGAAACCCGACUCUGCUACUGCCUCACUUCAGGCAUACCUCAUUUUAUGCAAGAGAGCUAUAAUGAAAGAAGUUGGGGACCCAUGUAUUUGGUUAAUUAUAUUCUAAAUGCAUUAGGAAAAUUUGCUAAUUCAAAAGAUCCCCUACAGAAACCUUUUAGUUGAUUUUUAUUUGUUGGUAAAGAAUUAUUUUUUGAUGCAAAUAAAUAUCCUUUAAUUGAUUGUCUUUCUAAGUUUAGAUAUGUGCGUAUCAGGCUUUCUUAAAAUGAAGACACAUCUGUACUAAAAAAAAAGGAGGAUUUAUAGGACCUUCCAGAAACACUGCUCUUGUAAGGGCCACAAAUAUUCUCACUUGUUUUUGUUAUAGAAUCAUCAUUACUUUUGCUGUAAUGUUAAUAUUGAUUUAUUAAUAUAUAUAUAUAUAUUAUAUUAUCUUUUCAUAUAUUUUCUAAGAAACAUUUAUACUGACAAGAUCCUUUAUUUUGCCAAAGGCAUAAAUUAUUGUUUUUCUUUUUUUAAAAAAAAUAAAUUUUACUAAAGUAUG